CAAACUGUAAACAACAUUCGGGAUUUAUCAUUGUUUGCGUAAAUAUUUUUAUAUUGAAUUUGCUCAUUUAAAAGCAUGUGAUAAAAAGAUCUGACACUUGUUGUCAUAUCAUACCAAAUUUUAUUUAACUCGUCCAGGAGAUUCGUAAGUAAGCUCACUAAAUGCUCGUUUACUAACAAAAUUCCUGCACUCGUUUAAUAAAAUAUGGUAUGAUGUGACAACUCGUGCCAGAUUCUAUAUAUAUGUACAUUUCAGACCGGUCCAAAACUCCAAAGAUAAACUUUACAAUGAGGUGCUUUUACUCCUGGCACAAAAUGAUGUUAGGUUUACACCAAUGCAGGUGGACACAACAGGAAAGCAAAUAGUUAGUACCUUAGUUAGUACACUAUGGUAUCUGGACCCACACUGGGAGAAACUUAAAGCCAGAUCGAUAAACCAUCCGGAGUUUGAAAAAUUAAGUGGGUUCAAUGAUUGGAGGUCUCAAAGGAGAAAAGAGCCCAAGGUCCUUGUUGAAAAACUGGACGAAAAAAUUGCUAGCAUGGUAGCUAUGACAUCUUGUGGCUAUUUCCUGAACAAACAAUUUGCAAACUUUCGAGUUAAGUGUGAGAAACUUACAUCUUCCAUGAUAAAGUAUGCAGAUUUCCUAAAGCAACAGGUCCAAAGAUCAGCAGCAAACAGACAACUAAAUGAGCCGGUGAGAUCAUUGGAUGACAGUAAUGUAAUGCGUGAUGUGCAGGUGUGUUCUGAUGGUGAAUUAAGUGAGCAGUAUACAAAAGUGUACGAGUCCAUAAAACUGCUAAAGGACUUUGAGCCACUUUUCCUCCAUGACUUUGAGCCAGAAGAUGCUUAUGACAAGAAGAAGUGGUUAGCUGCACUGCAGUUACCAUUCCAGACAAAACUUUACAGUCACAAGUAUGGUAACUAUAUAGGUAACUAUACCUUCAUCUGGAAGAGUCCAGCUGACCCAGACGGUGAUCUUCAAGCUGUUACUGCUAUAAAACAUGAUCUGCCGAAGUUUUCCACUCGUGGUAUGAGAAAAUCGUUCUUCUUGAAGUACUCCAAAUGUGGACCCAAACCUGCUGUUUUGCGUCACAUGUAUAGGUUUUUGACAGAAGACGAUACUGCUGCAGAAAGUCGACGUCAAGAAGAAGUUAACAAUAGGGUUACAGAGUUUCUUUUGAACUCUGACAGUACUGAACUAUUGUACGACUUGAGAAAAAAUAAUGGCAGACCAAAGGACACUAGACUUGAUCCAUUUUGGGAUUUAAUGAGCUCUCAUUUAGACAAUAUUGGUGUUGUAGAUGAAAGGAGACAUGGGGACAAGCUGUACAUGCCAGUUGCUAUUAGUGUUGAAAAUUUAAUUGAGACUGUGGCAAAAGAUUUGCCAAAAGAUGCAUCCAUUCCGUCAAAAUCUUGGGUUCAGUUUAACUUCUGGCCUUCGAAUGCUUACACACGAAGCGCAAUGUGCUAUACGGGCCGGUUCAAUGUCAAGUUUGCAGUGCAGCAGAGAAUCAUCAGAGCAAAACAUCCAGAUGCAAAUUUUGCUUUCCAUCAGUACACCAUGAUGAAGGAGAUGGCUUCAAACCUACGUGAUGAAUCAGUGUUCAUCUGCUUGGAUGACAAAAGUGUCGUGCCAAUAGGAGAGCCUGGGAAACCAGUGUCCACUGGAGUUAGGGCACACAAUAAGUCAUUGGUGCCAGUUGCUGCCAAGCUGGCAUCAUUGGACCAUGAUUUCCAUGUCCAUGGAGCUGUUCCAUCAGUUCUGUUCAAGGUGCAUAUUCCAGAAGAUUCAAAAGACAGCUAUUAUAAUGGCCAGAUUCAUGUUGUGGUAAAAGACAAAGUCUUCAGCCCUUCAUCAGCAGCAAGGCACACAACAGAAACUGUAAAAAUUCUUAGGGAAACAGAAAGUGAUGAUGGUGUCUCACUGAACAAACCUAGGUUAUUUGUAUACACUGAUGGGGGGCCAGAUCAUCGUACAACAUACUGGAGUGUUCAACUGGCGUAUAUUGCUAUGUUUGUGAGUUUGGACAUUGACAUGCUAAUAGCUGUGCGCACAGCUCCUUGUCAGAGUUACAAUAAUCCUGCUGAAAGGUGUAUGAGCCUUUUGAAUUUAGCACUGCAGAAUGUUGCUCUUGAAAGAAGCCCUAUGACAGAUGUUCUGGAAUAUAGAACAAAAUCACUUACAUCACUGAAGAAGCUGAGAAAUGCAGCAGAGAGGACGGAGGAGUUGAAGCAAAGUCUCAUUGAAUCAUUAAACCCAGUUUUAGCACUUCUUAAGCAGAGGUUUAGCCAGCUAAAGAAAAAUCAUGAAAAUGUUGUUGCCCAUGAUGCUGCAUCAGAUGGUGAGAUAGAACAGAUGAUGGAGUGCCUUGAAAUCUUCAAUGAUCAUGAUGCAGAAGAAUCCAGCACUGUAACAGCCUGUAAAGAUCUCGACAAGGCUCCACCACGUCUGAAGGCGUUCUUUAACGCACACUGCAGGAAACGAAAUUACACAUUUCAGAUAAAAAAAUGUGAUGAUGAACACUGUUGGUAUUGUGUGCUGUCCCCAAGGCGUGCUGAUACAUCAGAGCUUGUGUGGUUACCUGACCCAACAAAAGGCGAUGACGAUUCUUUCCUACCAUUGUCUGAGUGUAUUGGAAAGAACACAACUGACGAGGCCAGACCAUCUCUCGAUGGGAAGGUUUUGGCGACAGAAGCAGACAAGCGCCACAAAUCACAUAUGUCUGCAGCUCAGGCAAGAAGAUAUAUCCUGUGUGCUGACUGCAGAAAGAGACGCGUGGUCUAUUCAAGAACUAAACUGACGGUUGACCAGUGCAGACAACUCGAACUUCUGGAUGAUGCGGUCAUCUACACAUGUGGGUCAGCCAUAUUCCCUGAAGAACAUGACCUACAUGAACAGGUGUUCGUUCGUGAGGGACUGAGUUGUCAAACAGAAAUAGAGACAACAUACUACUCAGCAGUUACACAGAACUUUCCUCCGAUAUGUUAUCACUGUGGUGAUACUAACAUUUUGGGGGAAGAAGUUGAGCCUAUCACAGCGCUUCGACAGCAGUACAGCAUUGUGAGGCCGAUAUGCAGAGGAUGUCUGGAGAGUGGCAAGAUGCCCGCUACAAGAAAUGCUCAUAAGAUGAAUCGAAAACGAAAACUUUAAAUGCUAGACUUUCAUUGACUUCAAGUGAUAUUAAUGUCUUUUUUUACUUUUGAAUUGGGCAUUUUUCACUUUUGAAUUGAGCUGAAAAGAAUUAACAGGUCAAAAGAGUUAGUUAAAAUGUGAUUACUGACCAGUUCAUAUCUGCAACUCAUCUUGCUACCAGUUGUUUUUAAAAAUACAUAUUAUAUUCAAUAUUUUACGUGACUCACCCAGUCCUGUCACAC